CUCCACACAGGUAACUGUACGCCUCCUCACUCGCACAGACACACACUCUGGGAACACCUUUCCUACUCCUUGCUCUUGCUUGGAAUUAUUUCUGAUUUCUUGUUUGUUUUCUGUGCCUCUUUAUUAUUUUCUUGUCGAUUCACACUCAAAGACAUGACGGCGAGGCUGUUGACAAUUCUCCUGCUUCUGCCCAAUUCGCCGAGCCGCGCGGCAGGUCCCUGUUCUUCUGGGAAUGCAAUCACUUGUGAAGAAUGUCUGAGGCUUGGCCCACAGUGUGCUUGGUGUUUUCAAAAGGACUUUGGUGUGGAUUUAAAUUCUGGAGGAAGGUGCGACAUUGCCAGCGACCUCUUUCAUCGAGGAUGUUCCCUGGAAUUUAUCGAGUUCUCCGUCAGCCACGUUCGUGUGAUAAGGAACGAGACUUUAAGCUGGAGCAGGGAGACGGGGGACGAGGGAAGAGUCCAAAUGUCUCCACAGAAACUUGUUCUGAAUCUGCGUCCAGGUAGUCCAGUGACGUUUGGAGUGGAUGUGCGCCAGGCUGAGGAUUAUCCCAUUGACCUUUACUAUCUCAUGGACCUUUCUGCCUCUAUGAUCGAUGACUUGGCCAGAAUUAAAUUGCUGGGCACCUCUCUGUCCAGAGAGAUGGCCAAAUUAACCAGCAACUUUAAACUAGGCUUUGGAGCGUUCGUAGACAAGCCCGUAUCUCCUUUUAUGAAAACAAAUCCCGUUGACAUAAACAACCCCUGCUGGAAUGUCGAUGCGUACUGUUUACCUACAUUCAGCUAUAAACACAUGCUGUCACUGACUGAAGACACCACAAAGUUUAACGAUGUUGUUAGAAAUCAACAAAUUUCGGCAAACCUGGAUACUCCGGAAGGAGGAUUUGAUGCAAUCUUGCAAGCAUCUGUAUGCAAGAAAAAGAUUGGUUGGCGAAAUGAAUCCUUGCACCUGCUGGUAUUUGUGAGUGAUGCUGACACACAUUUUGGGAUGGACAGCAAGUUGGCUGGUAUCGUUGUACCUCACGAUGGGAAGUGUCACCUGGACAGUCAGAACACCUACACCAAGGCGACAGCAAUGGAAUAUCCUACCCUUGGGCAGCUCACAGAAAAACUUGUGGAAAAUGAUAUCCUGUUGAUUUUUGCCGUGACCAAGGGCCAGCUGAGCACAUACAAGAAUUAUGCACAAUUUAUACCUGGCGCCACUGUGGAGGUUCUUGCAAGUGAUUCUGGGAAUAUCCUUCAGUUGAUUAUAAACGCAUACAAGGAGCUACGAUCUGAAGUGGAACUGGAAGUGACAGGAGAGAGUGAGGAGGUACAGUUUUUCUUCACCGCUAUCUGCCAGGGUGGCACUGUCUUUCCUGGAGAGAAGAAAUGCUCUCAUCUCAAGAUUGGAGAGAAGGUUUCUUUCAAUGUGACCGUUGAGCUGACUGAAUGUCUGAAGGAACCCAAGCAUAUUGUGAUUAAGCCGGUAGGAUUCAGAGACGCUCUGGAGAUUGAGGUGCAUUCUGCCUGUAACUGCGGUUGCCAAAUCAAUGCAGAGCUGAACAGCUCAAGGUGCUAUGGCAACGGCACACUUCAGUGUGGAGUGUGUGUUUGCAACCCUGGCCAAUUUGGGCCUCACUGCGAGUGUGCCGAGGAAGACAUCAAAGUUGGCAGCUGUAAGCAUCAUGCAGGCAACGUCUCCUGCAGUGGGCGUGGUGACUGUUACUGUGGGCAGUGUGCCUGCCACCCAUCCGAGUUUGGCCAGGUAUACGGAUCCUACUGCGAAUGUGAUGACUUCUCCUGCAUGCGGUUUAAAGGGCUUCUCUGUGGAGGGCACGGAUCGUGUGACUGCGGGGACUGCCGCUGUGACCAGGGAUGGACGGGGGAAUACUGCAACUGCACGACUCACACAGACGCAUGCAUCUCUGAAGAUGGAACCCUCUGCAGUGGCCACGGGGAAUGCACUUGUGGAAGAUGUACCUGCACUCAUCCAGGGGCCUCCGGAGAUAGAUGUGAAAAAUGUCCCACUUGCUGCGACCCCUGCAUUUCAAAACGGAGCUGUGUUGAAUGUCACCUGUCUCAGGCUGAUGGAUCAGUAGAGGAUUGCCAAGAAAAAUGCCUGACAGCUGAUUCCGUUGUCAAUCAAACUACAGAUUUUGACGAAAGCCAGUCCACCUACUGUUCUUUGAAAAGUGCCAAUGACUGCACCAUGUCUUUCCGUUUAAUUAAGCAUGAACAUGGAGGAUCGCUUCUAUUUGACCUUGAACAAACUGACUGUCCCUUGCCACCAAAUGUCUUUAUGAUAGUCUUGGGAAUUUCUUUGGCUAUCUUUGUUGUUGGGUUGGUUAUUCUCAGUGUCUGGAAGAUGCUUAUAUCCAUUCAUGACCGCAAGGAAGUAGCCAAAUUUGAAGCGGAACAAGCAAAAGCUAAAUGGCAAACAAGCACAAAUCCACUUUACAGGGGCUCAAUUUCCACAUUUAAAAACGUGACGUACAAGAAUCACGAAAAAAAGGGAUUCGCAACCUUUGGGUAUUGAUUUAUUGGACAAUAAUUGUGGGAGGAAACCGGAGUACCCGUAAAAAAACCUACGCAGUUACAGGGAGAACGUACAAAUUCCGUACAGACCGCACCCGUAAUCAAGUUCGAACGCGGUCUCUGGCGCUGUAAGGCAACAACUCUACCGUUGCGCCACUGUGCCACUCUAUAAUAUGAUGUUUGGCGUUCCAUAAAUUUCAGAAAUUGGUUGAAAGAUGCAGCUUCCAAACAGGCCCUUCAGCCCACUGAGUCCAUGCCUACCAUCGAUCACCCAUUCACACGUGUUCUAAGUCAUCCCACUUUCAUAUUGACUCUCUGCAUAGUUGGGGUAAGCAAUGUUUCUUAGUUUAGUUUAGAGAUACAGUAUUGAAACUGACCCAGAGUCCACGCUAACCAUCAAUCGCCCGAUCACACCUGUUCUAUGUUGUCCACUCCAUACAGAGGCCAACUAACCUACUAAUCAACACGUCCUUGGGAUGUGUGUGGAAACAGGAGCACUCGGAGAAAACCCAUGUGGUCACAGGGAGAAUGUGCAACACCCCACAGACAAGACCCGAGGUCAGGAUCACACCCGGCUCUCUGGCGCUGUGAGACCGCAACUCUUCCUGCUGCGCUACUGUGCUGUACAUUUAUUGCUUUAUGUGUAUGAGCAUUUACAUUUCAUCUUUUUGUAUAUUUUAUCAUGAAGAAGUAAUUAGUACAAUACUGUUUUGUGCAGUUUCUUAUAAAGGCUGGACCUUAAGAAUGGCCAAAUAUGUAAGAUAUAGACGUCUUUGAAAGAUGCAUUUCAUGCUGUUAAACAAAUGUUUUUUGUUGUCUGGAAAUAAAAUUCUGUCCUAUCCAUAAAUCAUUUUAACCUUUUCCUUC